UCGAUGCUAAGCCUGAUCUAGCCUUUCCUGAAAACUGGUUCCUUCUCGGGAAUUAAGAUGGGAACCCGUGCGACCCGUAAAGAUAUCCCCCCGUGGGUGAAAGUUCCUGAAGACCUGGAAGAUCCCGAAGUACUCCUGGUCCACGACCUAGUGCUAAGAUAUCUGUUUGGUCCACAGGGAUCUCGAAUGCCUCACCUCGAGAAGGUGACCCAGGCCAUGUUUGAGGUAGAGACUCUGAAAUCUUCCAAAACUACCCAGAUCUUAAUUUAUGGCUCUGAGAACAACAAGGUCCGGGCUAAAUGGAUCCUUCAGUCCAUGGCUGAGAGGUGCCGCCAGCGCCAGGAAAGAGGGAUGCUCAUGCUGCAGGAAGCCUUGCAGAUCCUGGAACUAGACAGUGAUUGGACUGAAGCCAGUCUCCAGUCACUCUGACUCCUACCUGGACACAAGCUGUGGCCACUGUUUGGUUCUGGUGUGAUUUUUACCUUUGUUAUAUCCUUUAGAGUGUACCCAGAUAUUCCUGAUCACUGCUGUGCAUUCUGACAUGAAUAUC